CUCGCCGGGCCGCUGAGCUCCGCGGCGCGGAAUAGAAUGAACUGUAACAAAACAAGUCGAGCCUUUGUAUCUGCUUAAAGGGGCCGCGGGCACUUCCCUCCGGUCCCCUCCACCCCCGCCCCGCAGCCGCGUCUCCAGGGCUCCCAGCAACUGGCUGGAAGGGCUUCCCUCGUCCUCUGGAACAGCCCGCCAGCGAGGAGUGGAGAGCCGGGCGGGAAGCAAAGAGGAGGCGCCGCAUUUUCUAAAAAGGCAAGAAAGAAAGGAAGAGAGGAAAGAAAAAAAAAAAAUCCUCGGAGAGGCGCAGAGUGGACUCUGGCCCGGGAGAGCGCGAUCGGGCGCCGGAACGUGGACCGAGAGGCACCGGAAUGCAAACAAAGCUCGCGGGCGCCUGUGCAGGGCUCGCGGAGGAGCCCAGAAAGUUUGUUUUAUGAUGAUGGCUUGAGUGCGCGAGGGUGUGCAGGGGAGCGAGGCUGCCCAGGGGCUCUCCCGCGGCGUAAUUUGGGGGAGAGAUGUUUCUCCUAUGAACCCGAGGAGACUUGGGGGCUUGUGCUGUGGGGGGCACCUGUCUCAUUUUUACUCUUUUUUUUUUUUUUUGAGGAGGAGGGGUUCCACUCAUCAUGUCGAAAGUGAUCCAGAAAAAGAACCACUGGACUAGCAGGGUUCACGAAUGCACCGUGAAGCGGGGACCUCAGGGCGAGCUGGGGGUGACGGUGCUGGGGGGCGCGGAGAACGGGGAGUUUCCAUAUGUUGGAGCAGUGGCGGCCACCGAGGUGGCGGGGCUCCCCGGCGGUGGCGAGGGCCCGAAGCUGAGCGAAGGAGAGCUGCUUCUGGAGGUGCAGGGGAUCCGGGUGUCCGGUCUGCCCCGCUAUGACGUGCUGGGGGUCAUCGACAGUUGCAAGGAGGCCGUCACCUUCAAAGCCGUCAGACCAGGAGGGAGGCUCCACAAGGACCUGCGACAUUUUCUCAAUCAACGGUUCCAGAAAGGGUCCCCGGAUCACGAGCUGCAACAGACCAUAAGAGAUAACCUCUACCGCCACGCUGUGCCUUGCACCACCCGAUCUCCCCGGGAAGGAGAAGUGCCUGGCGUGGAUUACAGCUUCCUGACUGUGAAGGAGUUCUUGGAUCUCGAGCAGAGCGGGACUCUUCUGGAAGUUGGCACCUAUGAAGGAAACUAUUAUGGGACACCCAAACCUCCCAGCCAGCCAGUCAGUGGGAAAGUGAUCACAACGGAUGCCUUGCAAAGCCUUCAGUCUGGCUCCAAGCAGUCGACCCCGAAGCGCACCAAGUCCUACAAUGACAUGCAAAAUGCUGGCAUAGUCCCCGCGGAGACCGAGGAGGAGGAUGAUGUUCCUGAAAUGAACAGUAGCUUUACAGCCGAUUCUGGGGACCAGGACGAGCACCCUCUCCAAGAAGCAGCUCUUGCGCCUGUGAAUAGUAGCCUCGUUGCUGCUCCCAUCACGGACCCUUCUCAGAAGUUCCCUCAGCACCUACCUCUUUCCGCAGAGGAUAAUUUAGGUCCUCUGCCUCAAAACUGGGAGAUGGCCUAUACCGAAAAUGGAGAAGUCUACUUUAUAGACCAUAACACAAAAACAACGUCUUGGUUAGACCCUCGGUGCCUGAACAAACAGCAGAAGCCUCUAGAAGAGUGUGAAGAUGAUGAAGAAGGGGUACACACCGAGGAGCUGGACAGUGAACUAGAACUGCCUGCUGGUUGGGAAAAGAUCGAAGAUCCUGUCUAUGGUGUCUACUAUGUAGACCACAUCAACAGGAAGACUCAGUAUGAGAACCCAGUUCUAGAAGCCAAACGGAAGAAGCAGCAACAACAGCAGCAGCAGCAGCAGCAGCAGCAGCAGCAGCAAUCCCAGCAGCCGCCACCCCCAGAAGAUUGGACAGAAGAUCAUUCAUCCCUCGUGCCUCCUGUUAUUCCAAACCACCCCCCAAGCAAUCCGGAGCCAACCAGGGAAGCUCCACUUCAGGGCAAACCCUUUUUUACACGAAACCCUUCUGAGUUGAAAGGCAAGUUCAUCCACACGAAGCUGCGGAAAAGCAGUCGUGGCUUCGGCUUCACGGUAGUUGGAGGGGACGAACCCGACGAGUUCCUCCAGAUCAAGAGCUUGGUCCUGGACGGUCCUGCCGCCCUGGAUGGCAAGAUGGAAACAGGCGAUGUCAUUGUCAGUGUGAACGACACCUGCGUCCUGGGACACACGCACGCGCAAGUUGUGAAAAUCUUCCAGUCUAUCCCCAUUGGUGCCAGCGUGGACCUUGAACUCUGCCGAGGUUACCCAUUGCCUUUUGACCCAGAUGACCCCAACACCAGUUUAGUGACCUCGGUGGCUAUUUUGGACAAAGAGCCCAUUAUCGUGAACGGACAGGAGACCUACGAUUCCCCAGCGAGCCACAGCAGUAAAACAGGCAAAGCCAGCAGCAUGAGGGACGCCAGGCCCAGCAGCCCCGCGGAUGUGGCCUCCACCGGCUCCCACGGGUACCCCAACGACACCGUGUCCUUGGCCUCGUCCAUCGCCACGCAGCCGGAGCUCAUCACCGUGCACAUAGUCAAGGGGCCCAUGGGCUUCGGGUUCACUAUCGCCGACAGCCCGGGGGGUGGGGGCCAGAGAGUGAAGCAGAUCGUGGACAGUCUGAGGUGCCGGGGCUUGAAAGAAGGGGACCUCAUCGUGGAGGUCAAUAAGAAGAACGUGCAGGCCUUGAGUCACAACCAGGUGGUGGAUAUGCUCAUCGAGUGUCCCAAGGGAAGCGAGGUCACCCUGUUGGUGCAGCGAGGAGGACUGCCCGUUCCCAAGAAGAGCCCAAAGUCGCAACCACUGGAAAGGAAAGACAGCCAGAGUAGUUCUCAACACAGCGCUUCCAGCCACCGGAGCCUGCACACGGCGUCCCCGAGUCACAACACGCAGGUGCUCCCCGAGUACCCACCCACCGAGGCUCCCGCUCCAGAUCAGACCGACAGCUCUGGGCAGAAGAAACCAGAUCCUUUUAAAAUCUGGGCCCAGUCCAGGAGCAUGUAUGAAAACCGACCUAUGUCACCUUCGCCUGCAUCGGGAUUGAGCAAGGGGGAAAGAGAGAGAGAAAUCAGUUCCACGAAUUUUGGAGAAUGUCAGAUUCCCGACUACCAGGAACAGGACAUCUUCCUCUGGAGAAAAGAGACUGGAUUCGGAUUUAGGAUUCUAGGUGGAAAUGAGCCGGGGGAACCUAUUUAUAUUGGUCACAUCGUACCACUGGGUGCUGCUGACACAGACGGCCGCCUGAGGUCUGGCGAUGAAUUAAUCUGUGUGGAUGGGACACCAGUAAUCGGGAAAUCACACCAGCUCGUGGUCCAGCUUAUGCAACAAGCUGCCAAACAGGGCCACGUCAAUCUCACAGUGCGGCGAAAAGUGGUGUUUGCUGUCCCGAAGACCGAGAACGAGGUGCCCUCGCCAGCCUCCUCCCACCACAGCAGCACCCAGCCGGCCUCGCUGACGGAGGAGAAGCGCACCCCGCAGGGCAGCCAGAACUCCCUCAACACCGUGAGCUCGGGCAGCGGCAGCACCAGCGGCAUUGGCAGCGGCGGCGGCGGGGGCAGUGGCGUGGUCAGCACCGUGGUCAGCACCGUGGUGCAGCCCUACGACGUGGAGAUCCGGCGCGGGGAGAACGAGGGCUUCGGCUUCGUCAUCGUGUCCUCGGUGAGCAGGCCCGAAGCAGGCACGACCUUCGCAGGCAAUGCAUGUGUGGCUAUGCCUCACAAAAUAGGUCGGAUUAUUGAGGGGAGCCCUGCUGACCGCUGUGGCAAGCUGAAAGUAGGAGACCGGAUCUUGGCAGUAAAUGGAUGUUCCAUCACCAACAAAUCCCAUUCAGACAUUGUCAACCUAAUCAAGGAAGCAGGAAACACAGUUACCCUCCGCAUCAUUCCUGGGGAUGAGUCCUCAAAUGCCACUUUGCUGACCAAUGCAGAGAAGAUUGCCACCAUCACCACCACACACACCCCUUCUCAGCAAGGGGCCCAGGAGACAAGGAACACCGCCAAACCAAAGCCGGAAUCUCAGUUCGAGUUCAAAGCUCCCCAGGCUACCCAGGAGCAAGAUUUUUACACUGUGGAACUGGAAAGAGGAGCCAAGGGAUUUGGCUUUAGUCUUCGAGGGGGUCGAGAAUAUAACAUGGACCUCUAUGUUCUGCGCUUAGCAGAGGAUGGUCCUGCAGAAAGAUGUGGAAAGAUGAGGAUUGGUGAUGAAAUUCUAGAGAUCAAUGGCGAGACCACCAAAAACAUGAAGCACUCUCGGGCCAUUGAACUGAUUAAGAAUGGUGGCCGCAGAGUUCGUCUGUUUCUGAGGCGGGGAGACGGCUCGGUCCCGGAAUAUGACCCCAGCAGCGACCGGAACGGCCCCUCCGCCGGUGCACAAGGCUUUCCGGAAGUGAGGGCCGGACCGGAAGUGAGGGCCGGACCGUCCGGCCGCCAGCACUCAUCAUUGGAGUCCAGUUACCCACCCGACGUUCACAAAUCAUCACCACAUGGGGAGAAGCGGGCACACGUGAGAGACCCAAAAGGCAGCCGAGAGUACAGCAGACAACCCAAUGAACACCACACCUGGAAUGGAACUUCCCGAAAACCCGACGGCGGGGCCUGCCGACCCAAGGACAGGGCGCCCGAGGGACGCCGAGACGCGCAGGCCGAGCGGAUGGCGACCAACGGGCCCAAGAGGAGGUCCCCGGAGAAGCGCCGGGACGGCACGCGCAGCGCCGACACCACCCUGGAGAGGAGGGAGAAGCCCGAGAAGAGGCGGGAAGGGUCUCCCGAGCGCCGGCGGGAGCGGUCCCCCACGCGCCGAAGGGACAGCUCGCCCAGCCGGCGGCGGCGGUCCCUUGAAAGACUCCUGGAUCCCAGAAGGUCCCCGGAGCGAAGGAGAGUGGCCUCGCCCGAGAGGAGGGCCAAGUCCACCGAUCGGAGACGGGCCCGGUCCCCCGAGCGCCGCCGAGAGCGUUCGCUGGACAAAAGGAGCCGAGAGGACCGAGGUGGCCACCGCGAGCGGGAAGAGGCGACUCUGAAACAGGAAGUGGGCAGAAGUUCCAGAAAUCCCCCGGAGCAGAGGAGGCGACCUUAUAAAGAAUGUAGCACCGACCUCAGUAUCUGAGACUUGACACGCAUUCCAACCUUUACCAUGUCAAAGGUUCUAAGAGGAAGGUCACAAACCUGAAAUAAUUUAGUUUUCUUACCUUAGGAAGCAUCUCUGACACCUGGUGAUCCUAUGAAUAGCUACAAACAUUUUAUGCAUUUGAGAUCUUCUAAGAAAAAAAAAUUAUAUAUGAAAAGUCUUGUGCCUGAUGUAUAAAUAUUAAAGAAAGUAUUUUUAAAUGCAUACUUUUUUUUGGAAAUUAUUUGCCAAAUACUGGCCCAAAGGGAUAUAGAUUUUGUUUCUAUAGAAAGCGUGGAAUUGUCAAGAAUUUUUUUUCCCUUUUUUUUUUUUUUCUUUGGGCAAUCUUUUUCUCUCCUGUUAAAAUGGGGCGGUUGGUCAUGUUUCUCUUUAAGGACGGGAAAUUAUUAAGUUUAAUUAAUGAUCGAGACUGUUAUAUAGUGAUGUAGUGCUAUACUGUAGACAGGAGUUUUUCUUCAAAGCAAAAAGGCAAACUUCUAUUUGUAAAAACUGAGGACCUCUUGGGAUGGAUUAGGAUUGCCAAUGAUCCUAAAAUUAAGCAAACUGUAAUGACAAGACUACUAUUGCAAAUGAAGGAUAUUUAUAGCUUUUUAAACUGCGGCAGCACAAAGAAAUUUUUUUUUUUUUUUUUUUUUUUUUUUUUUUUUGUCCUUGGGUUAGAAUUGAUUCGAAACAGUUUGUACUCUCUCUGGCCCAGGAAGGCACAGAGACAAGAAGGUUGGCCGCCAUUACCCAAACACAGCCUAAGCACAGAUUGUCAGGUUCAUUAGCAUCUCCCCCGUGGAAUAAGAUCUCAUUUAAGGCAGUUCCAUGGCAGCCUUACUCAACUACUAGAAGGAACAGACAACCUACACCUGUGUUGUCUGGCCGGUGGUCUGAUUUGAAGCUGAAUAUUUGAUGGAAUGUAGGACAGUGUGCUGGGUAUGAGGGAGACAUAAAUAUCACCACCACGAUGAAAAGUAUGGCCCCCUUUUUUGCAUAGCCCAUGAUUGCCCUUUGCCAAAUUAGGGAGGAAGGAGUGACGUUUGGUGGAUGAAAUUCUCUUUUGAGAAUUUAAAGAAAUGACAGCUGGGGCUGCUCAUUCAUAGAAAUGCCAAUUGCACUUUGAAACCAUAAAGUUUUUAGGUUGGUCAAAGGGGAAGCAAGGAAGUGAUCCCAGUGGUUCUAGUCCUGGUUGGGAAACCUCUGCCCUCAUGACCCUGUCCUUUAGUCUUUGGACAGCAGAACAAAAACAAUGAUUUUUCUUUUUAAAAAGACCCAUUCUUCCUGAAACCCUCAGGUGGUGUGGUUGGGUCGGCUGUAGCCCCAGGAUGUGGUUUAAAUGGAUUACUGCCUAGCUGAGCCAAAACGUUUGCUUGUACCUGUUGGACCACUACAGCAAACCGCUGCUUACAGUGCAUUGUGUAUUUCUGUAGUACUGUUUUGCAUUUUCCGUACAGACACAAAACUUUGCAAGUCAAUCACUGUUGUUCCCAUGGUACUGUAUUGAAAAAAGAAAAAAAGAUUAAAAAAAAAAAAAAGACAGCCAGCCAAUCAUUGUGUGUACAGAGUUAAAAAUUGUAAUUAAUAGAGCCUGUUGAAAAAAAAAUGUUGCCUUUUUUUCUUGUAUAAAAGAGAAUUUAUGACAAAAAUUUAGCUGUGAGGAAUGUGAUAUGUGUUUAUAUUUCUGAAUAUGAACAAAUUGAUUCAUGGGGAUAUAUUUUAAUGUAAACUAAAUCAGGUAUGUAAAGUUGUUUUAAAAUGGGAGACUAUAUAAGUAAUUCUCUAAAGCUUUAGUUGGUUUGGGAUAUCAUCAUUUCUUCCAUGGUGAGCCUGCUUGUGAAUUAUUAAGCACUUGUUUGCAUUCUCUGUUCUUCACUCAUUUAUUUCUUACAGUGUGCUAUGGACUUAAUGCUCUUUCUGUAUUGAUGAAAAGCAGUAUGUGGGCCAAUCUUUUUAUAAAACACUAUGCAUAUAUAAAUAUUACAUUGUUCAUAGCUUUAUUUGAUUUAUGGGUUUAUACACAACACUAGAAUGAAUAGCUAUAGUAGUGUGGACAUUUACAAAACAAGUUCCUUUCCUGGAACAGAAACAAUGUACAUUCUGUAGCUAAAAAGGAGGGAAAAAGUCUGUGGAUGCUAUUUUUAUUAUCCGAGUUUUCCAUGCAAAGCUUACAUUGAGCUGUAGGAGGAAGACUGAGGAAGAGUACAACUGAAUAAUGAUGUUUUUUUCCGUCAAUUUCCUAAGAGCCAACUUGGAGAUUUUAUUCCUAAGGCUGCAGUGCUAGGAUUUUUCUCACUAGUUCUAGCACAACCUGAGAUGUUAAAUGACUGACACUCUCAUUUGGGGUCCAGGGUUUUAAAUAAUUGAAAUCAAGGUGCAUUUUUGGAGUGUAUCCUUAAGUUAACAUCUUGACUGUCUUGCUUGUUGUAAGAGAUAUUUGAUGUGUUAAAAAUCUGUGCUACCGCCCCAGCUUGUUUCAGUUCAUGAGGACUUUUGGUGUGGUAAUUUCACCUUAGUUCCACACAUCAGAUUUGCUUUGAAAAUAUUGUACUGUACAGGGACUAUGCAUUAAGCAGAAAGAUAUAGUUUUCUUUGAACUACUGUAACCUUAAAUUGGAAACUGAUUCUUGUGAGCCUACUUUCCCUAACCCCCCACUCCAUGUAAAUGUGUUGAUGAGCGAUGAUGGAUGAGAAUUUUGUAUGACUUAUACCAUUUAGGAAUUCCCCUCCCUCUUUUACACAGUUGAUGCCUGAAAGAAUGUUGGGGAGCAGAGUCAACACCCUACUUGUAUUUUUUAAGUUUCUUUUGUGAAAGAUUUUUUAAUGCAUUUUUACUGUAAAAAUACAUGGAAAUGUAUGCAUUCCAUAACCAC